AUGUCUCAGGAAACUAUAGAUACCUUUAUGGCCAUCACCAGCGCAGAAAAUAGCGAGUUGGCUCAACACUUUGUGGAUAUGGCUGGUGGGAAUUUAGAAACUGCCAUUGCACUUUUUUUCGAACAUGGUGGCAAUGCCCAACUGAGGGAUCGAAACCCUGCAUCCACUAAUUUAGAUCGAUUAGAAGACCCUGAAUUAUCAGCACAGCCAGAUCAAGAGAUUUACAGAGCGCCUGAUGAAGCACGGCAUGAGACAUUAGUCGAUACUCAUGUUUUCCCAACAACUUUUGGCGGUGUUGGAGGUCAAUUUGGGCCUUUGCGUCAAGUAAGAGGUAUGUUCGAUGAAUCCCGGUCACAGAGCGUCUUCAACCAGCAGAUAGAUACAGAUGCGGAAGAAAUGUCAGAAUUUUCUGAUGAGGAAAACUAUAGAUCUUCUUAUGAGUACGCCGAAGAGACCUGCAUGGAAUUGGACGAAGAUGGCAAUGUGAGAGAGUUCACCAAGUUAGUGCGGAAACCUCGAGAGAUGACGAAAGAACAGAAGCUAGCAAUGCUGUUUAGGCCGCCUUUUGACAUCAUGGCAAAGACAGAUUUGGACGGUGCCAAGCUUCGCGGUCGCGAAAAGCAAAAGUGGAUAAUGAUCAAUAUUCAGACCGUUGAUGUCUUUCAGUGUCAAGCCUUGAACCGUGACGUGUGGUCCCACAAAGACGUUAAGAAACUUGUCAAGGAGAAUUUCAUCUUUUUGCAAUAUCAGUAUGAUUCUCAAAACGCAAGACCCUAUGUUCAGUUUUACGGACCUCACAGCAAAGACGACCUGCCACACAUUGCUAUAUUGGAUCCAAUUACGGGGGAGCGCGUCAAGCAGUGGAACAGGGACGUGCCAAGCCCCCUGGAAUUUGUCAAAGAUGUGCAGGACUUUUUGUCGCAGUUCUCACUGCAACCAGGAUCAAUAAAUCCUACUGUUCGGGAACCUACGCCUGAACUAGACCCAACUCUGCUGUCAGAGGAGCAGCAAAUGGAACUGGCCAUUCAAGAGUCGCUUAACCGUGGAAAGGCUGAGCAGGCACCUGCAGAAGCGAUGCCUACCAUGGGAGUAGAAGCGGAAGACGACAGCGAGCAAGUUCAGAAUAACGACCCUCACAGAGCCCUCUUCGAUUCUAUAAGUGCUCAAAAAGACCACACAGAGCCACCCAAUGAUCCAGUUAAAACCACCAGAAUCCAAAUUCGGAUAAAAGACGGUCGCAGAGUGAUUAGGCGGUUCAGGCUCGUGGAGGAUACGGUGCGCACAAUAUUCGAGGUCGUGAAAGGCACCAUCGAUGGGUUUCAGUCCGAAUAUUUCACAUUGAGCGAUCAUGCCAGGGGAAACCUGCUUGAUAAAUUAGACAAAACCAUCAGCGAUGCAGAUCUAAAAAAUAGUUCGCUUCUGCUGGAGCUGGUCCAAGAAUAA